UUAAAAUAUCGUACUCAAUAUAGAUUGCCCUCUUUGUUACUCGAUUUGAAGUCUUACUGCCGAGUUUGCGGUAAAGAUAACACGAACAUGUCAGUUUUGAUACGUCUACUUGUGCUUACAAUCAUAAUUACAAUUGCAAAAUGUGCUACCACAAAAAACAAGCAGUCAGCUCUACAAAAACAUGACAAAACACCAGAAAGCAAUAGGAAAAAUGAACUUAAUCAUGCUAAGAAAACAGUUAACAUUCAAGGAAAGAAAAUAGAAAAGAAGACAGUUAACAUUCAAGCAAAGAAAAUAGAAAAGAAGAAGAAGAAAGUUGAGUCUAAUAAGAAAAGAAAAAUACAAGAAAAGAAGAAACCGGUGACUGUUCGAGAAUUCCCACUGAAUGACAUUUUCUUUAAAGGACAAGCGUCAAACGAAGCCAACCGGUUCAUCCGAGGCAACACCAAGAUAGGWAAACCUUUAGAACUCGCUUAUGAAUACACAAGAGAACAAGACUUGAAUGACAUCGAAGAACGGAUCAGACGUCGUUUUAUAGAAUAUUCUGAGAUGGAGAGAUGACACGUGACAGGCAUCAAGAUGGCAGUGGUUUUUCUCGAUUUGAAGUCAUUCUUCCGUGAUUAUCCAAGCGAAUACAGGAUGGGAAAGGUCAUCUAUUGUCAUCUAAAUUAGCCUGCCAUUUAUCACGUGAAUCUGUCUAUAAUAUAUCCACGAUAUGGAUCCGCCAUCUUGAGCAUUGCCGAUAUUAUGGAAUGAGCAAGAUGAUCAAACAAUUAUAAAUUGUUCUUUAGUAUUAUAUKAAAAAAAUUGCCAUCUCUGAUUAUAUUCCGUUUCUUGUUGAAUAAAUGCAGGCCCAUUUUAGACCAUACAGUAAGUGUUUCAAGAUGGCGGUCGCAUUUCAUCAAAAGCCAUUUAUCAUUGGUAGACUUCGGGGAACGUUUUAUCAAUUUCUUGAUUUACUUGAACAACACAGGUUAAGUUGAUCAUUCAGAAUCGAUUCAGAAUAAUGUAGAAAUCACAACGUAAUAAUGCUACCGUAAUGGUGGUARCUUCGUUGUCAAUGGAGGACAAUGAUUGUAAAUUAAAGCGAUAUUUUAUAUAUA